CCACUCCCCAACCACCUCCUCCGCCCGCCUCUUCCUCCUACUCGUACAAAUCCCACGGCGUUGUUGUCCGAUCCACUCCGCAUUCCUUUCCUUCUUUCCCUCCUCCUUGUUCCUCAGCCCAAGGCAGGACGACGACGACGAUGAUGAGCGAGGAGGACAAGCAGCAAACGAAGCCGGCAGCCGUCGGCGAGGACGCUAUGGCGGUCGACAGCGCGGAGGAGGGACGGACGGCGGAGGCGCUGCUGCGCGUGGCGCCCGUGGGGCUCUGCCUCGCGGCGAUGGCCAUCAUGCUCAGGAACUCGCAGGAGAACGAAUUCGGCGCUGUCUCCUACGCCGACCUCACCGCCUUCAAGUAUCUGGUGUUCGCUAAUGGAGUUUGCGCGGCCUACUCCCUCUUGUCGGCCUUCUGCGUGGCCAUGCGCCGUCCCUCGACCCUCUCCCGUGCAUGGUCUGUCUUCCUUCUCGACCAGGUGCUGACGUACGUGAUACUGGCGGCGGGGACGGUGGCGGCGGAGAUAGUGUACUUGGCAUACAUGGGGGCCGAGAAGGUGACGUGGAGCAAGGAGUGCAGCGCCUUCGACGGCUUCUGCAGGAGGGCGACGACCUCCUUGGGGUUCACCUUCGGUUCUGUGGCUUGCUAUGUGCUGCUCUCCCUCGUCUCCUCCUACCGUCUCUUCAGCAACUACGAAACCCCCAUCACCUUCCUUAGCAGCAAGGGAUUGGAGAUAGCAGCCUACCCUUGCUGAACUCACCAGCUGCUCAAGUGUUUGUUCUGUGGGAAUUUAGCUACAAUAACUAUAUAUAUCAUAUAUAUAUAUAUAUAUAUAUAUAUAUAUAUAUAUAACAUAUAUAUAUAAAUAUAUAUCCAUCCGCUUACAGCAGUAGUUGUGUGUCUCCUCUGUUCUGCGAAUGAAGAUGAUCGUAAUUGUUCUACGAACACAA